AUGUCGGCAUUCGAGGAAGGCACCGAUGGCCGUAUCUGCAUUCCGAGCCCGCCUCGCGCGGGUCAGGGGAUCACGGUUAUGAUUGAUAACUAUGACAGUUUUACGUUCAACGUCGUUCAAUUCCUCGUAGAGUGCGGUGCGAACUUGGUGAUUUUCCGUAAUGACCAAGUCACACUCGAGGCGAUUGAGGCGCUGGACCCCGUGAACCUGGUCAUCAGCCCGGGCCCUGGUCAUCCCACGACGGAUGCGGGCAUUUCGCUGGCCUGUAUUGAGCGGUUCCAGGGCCGCAUUCCGAUCCUGGGCAUUUGCAUGGGUCUGCAGUGCACGGUCGUGGCCAACGGAGGCAAGGUCGGCUCCGCUGGCGAGAUUUUCCAUGGCAAGACGUCGAUGAUCCAGCACGAUGGGCGUGGUCUGUUUGCCGGUCUAGGUACAGAGCCAAUUGUCGGGACACGCUACCAUAGCUUGGCGGCGGACAUCAUCGCGAUGCCGUCGUGCUUGGAAGCGACGUCGUGGACCGAGACGCAUGUGCUCAUGGGUGUGCGUCAUAAGGAGUACACGGUGGAGGCGGUGCAGUACCAUCCGGAGAGUGUUAUGAGUGAGCAUGGCCACGAGAUGAUGAAGAACUUUUUGCAAUGGCGUGGCGGUACCUGGAAAGAGAACCCCUCCGCGCUGGCCGCGCCCGCCGCGGCAGCAACGGCGCGAGCAAGCACGUCCUCAGAGACGAUCCUGCAGCGCAUCUACCGCCAGCGCAAGUUGGAUGUCGCCGCGGCCAAGGCGGUGCCGGGCCGCGGCAUGGCCGAGUUGGAGCGGUCGUUGGCGCUGCAAAUCGAUCCGCCGCAAGUAUCGUUCCCCGAGCGUCUGUUGUACAAUACAUCGCCCAGCGCGCCUGGUGUCAUGGCGGAAAUGAAGCGUGCGUCGCCGAGCAAGGGCGAUAUCGCUCCUGAGGCGCAUGCGGGCGAGCAGGCGUUGGCGUAUGCGCGUGGCGGCGCAAAUGUCAUUAGUGUGCUUACCGAGCCGACGUGGUUCAAAGGCACGCUGGAAGACUUGGCGUGGGCGCGACGUGCCGUUGAGCGUCUGCCGCAUCGCCCAGCGAUCCUGCGCAAGGAUUUCAUUGUGGACGAAUACCAAAUUGCCGAGGCUCGUCUGGCUGGCGCCGAUACCGUGCUGCUGAUUGUGGCCAUGCUGGACGAUGCGACGCUUCGUCGGCUGUACGACUACAGUAUGCAGCUGGGUAUGGAUCCGUUGGUCGAAGUAAACAAUGCCGCAGAGAUGCAGCGUGCCUUGGCGCUCAACCCCAAGGUCGUGGGUGUGAACAAUCGCAACUUGCACAACUUCCACGUCGAUAUGGGCACGACCACACGACUAGCCCAGGCCGCGCUGGAGCGGGGCGUCAUCCUGGUCGCGCUCAGUGGCAUUGCGGGCCGGGCAGAUGUGGAGCAGUACCUCGCGCAGGGUGUGCAGGCCAUCCUGGUCGGCGAAGCGUUUAUGCGGGCCGCCAACAAGAGCGCCUUUAUGGCCGAAUUGCAAGGCCGGACGCCGCCGUCACCGACGGCGUUGCGUCCUGUGGUCAAGGUAUGUGGUCUGCGCACGCCAGAGGCGGUCGACGUUGCGAUCGAUGCCGGCGCAGACUUGCUAGGGAUGAUUCUCGCGCCUGGGACCAAACGAACGGUGUCGCUCGACGAAGCGCACGCCAUGGUGUCGCGUGUGCACGCCCGUAGCAGUGCCGUGUCCGCAUCAUGCCUGGCACCUACGCCGCCGCUGGGCGAGACGUGGUUUACGUGGCAUGCGCGACGACUGCAGGAGGCCGCGCAACGCCGGCCCCUGGCCGUCGGUGUGUUCCGCGAUCAGCCGCUGGACGAGAUCGUCACGAUGACCACGGCCCUGCAGUUGGAUGUUGUCCAGCUGCAUGGCCGUACUGAGCCGCUGGACUGGACGCGCUACUUGCCCGGCGUGUUUGUCGUGCGUGUGUUCCACGUCGCGCCAGGCACGAAGCCCGACGAGGCACAGCGAGCGCUGCGCGAAGCGACACGGCCCGGCUACCACCAUGUGAUCCUCCUCGAUACCGCGGCGCCGACAGGUCAUGGCGGCUCUGGCAUCGCAUUCGAAUGGGAGCAUGCACAGGCGCUGGCGACCAGCGAUGAGCCGCUGCCCUUUCUCCUUGCUGGCGGACUUACCCCCGCGAACGUCGCAGAGGCCAUCGCUACGUCCCAUGCAUGGGGCGUCGAUACCAGCUCAGGCGUCGAAACGGACGGGCAGAAAGACCCGGCGAAAAUUCGCGCGUACGUAGAGGCGGCGCGGGCCACGCUAGCCUAG